GAGAGAGAGAGAGAGAGAGAGAGAGAGAGAGAGAGAAAACCCUAAUACUUCGUCUCGGACGAUGAACAGAGUAGUUAUAGCAAAAGGAGUCUAAGCAGACUAUUUUGUGUUGGACCCUGUUGGAAGGCUGCGGGAUUCCGCGCGAGACCGCGAAUAUGUGGAUUAUACGCCACCUGCUGGUAUUUCUCAUGCACUUUUCACUCGGGAGCUUUGCACAGCGAUUCUCCAACGGAUUCUAUUAUCAGGACAUAGUGAAUGGAAAUGGCAAUGGGGAGAUUUUUUACCACAGAAUUCGUCUCCACGUUGAGUCUCCUGAGCCUCUGGUGUCAGCUGUUCAGGGGAGCAACGUCACCCUUCCCUGUCAUUACCGCUAUGAGCCCGAACUCAGCACGCCCCGCAGAACGCGCGUCAAGUGGUUCUGGCAGCCCGUGCAUAGCGGAGAACAGGAGCGUGACGUCAUGGUGGCCAUAGGUGCACGUCACCGGAGUUACGGAGACUUCAAAGGGCGCGUGCGGAUCCGCCGAAGCGCCCCGGGCGACGCGUCCCUCGUUAUCAACCCGCUACAGUCGGAUGACACUGGGCGCUACCGCUGUGAAAUUAUCGAUGGUCUGGAGGACGAAAGCAUUACUGUGCAUCUAAAGUUUCGAGGUGUGGUGUUCCCCUAUCACUCCUCUAGGGGGCGCUAUCUAAUGAACUUUCACGAGGCUAAAGAGGCAUGUGAACAGCAGGAUGCCCACCUGGCCACUUUUGACCAGCUUUUCGCUGCUUGGGAGGAAGGGUUGGAUUGGUGUAACGCUGGGUGGCUCGCUGAUGGGACAGCGCAAUACCCAGUUUCAGUGCCACGAGAGGCCUGCGGUGGUACUGAAAUGGCUCCUGGUGUAAGAAGCUAUGGCAUUCGAGACAAAGAUCUGGACCGAUUUGAUGCCUUCUGCUUCACUUCGUGCAUAAGGGGGGAGGUCUACUUUCUGGAGCAUCACCCCAAGUUGAAUUUCACAGAGGCUGCAGAGGCCUGUGCCGGUGACGGAGGACGUAUUGCUAAAGUUGGGCAGUUAUAUGCGGCCUGGAGGUUUGUGGGAUUGGAUCAGUGUGAUGCCGGUUGGUUAGCUGAUGGGAGUGUGCGUUACCCAAUCAUAGCUCCAAGAAUGAACUGCGGUCUGACGGAACCAGGAGUGCGGAGCUUUGGGUUCCCUCCAAAGCAUUUAAAACAUGGCGUAUAUUGUUACAAAGUCCGCUGGUGAAAUACAAAAUGAUUUUGAAAUGUUUAAGCACUUCUUUCCAUUCUGUGAAAAAUACAAUGGACAUUUUAGUCAUUCUUUUGUACACUACUGAUACUCAAGUAAAAUUAUCGAAUGUUUUUUUAUGUGGUUUUGUGAAAUGUGCUGGAACUCACAAAAAUAAUAUGUUAAUUGUGCUCAUUGGGAUAUUUACAGUUAAAAAAAUAUGAAUUGGCCAACCAGUAUUUGUGUAGUCAUCAUACAGUACUUAUACAGUAUAGUUCUGCAAUGUUUUGGUGGUGGGGCCUUCUUUUUUUAUUUUCUAACAGAAUCUUCUAUUAAUCUUCCUUCUUAAUAGAAAUCUUAAUGUGACCCUGCCUGUGAAAACAAAGCAUACGUCAUUUUUGUAUAACGUAAAGUGCAUUCUGUGAACAUAUAACCUUGAUAUCUUUAAUAUUGAGUGAUUAAGGUCAUGUCAAAGGUUGAAAUCAAUGUGAAAUCAAUGACUAAAAUCAAACUAAUGCUCUUAAUCUCUUUAUUAGAUUUAAAGACAUUUUACAGACUAGUCCACUAAUACAUUCAUCAGCUACUACCAAAUUUUAUAGCAUAUGCAUGACUGCUUUGUAUUGUGCUUAUCAUUCAAAAAACCAUAGAUCCUCUCAAUAAAUAGUUUUUUUU